AUGUCUUUCAAGCCGUCUCUCGCUCUUGUUGGCGCUUUCGCCGCCAAGGCUCUUGCCCACGGAACCGUCUCUGGCUUCGUCACCGACGGAACCUACAACCAGGGCUUCCUGUUGGACUACUACUACGAGAAGAUCAACUCCGGCUCUUUCCCCGACAUCGCCGCCUGGUACGCUGAGGAUACCGACAACGGUUUCGUCUCCCCUAGCGCCUACGGCACUUCUGACAUCAACUGCCACAUCAACUCGGAGCCCGGCGCGUUGACCUCCUCCGUUGCUGCUGGUGGUACCGUCGACUUCCAGUGGACCACCUGGCCCCACGGCAUCGGCCCCGUCCUCACCUACGUUGCUGCCUGCGGCGGUGACUGCUCUGCCGCCGACAAGACCACCCUCGAGUGGGUCAAGAUCGAUGAGAGCGGUUACGACUCCAGCACCUCCACCUGGGCUGCUCAGACUCUGAUCGACAACAACAGCACCUGGACCACCACCGUCCCCUCCACUCUGGCUGCUGGCAACUACGUCUUCCGCCACGAGAUCAUUGCUCUCCACGGUGCCGGCUCCGCUGAUGGCGCCCAGAACUACCCUCAGUGCUUCAACAUUGCGAUCACUGGCUCUGGUACCGACUCUCCCUCUGGUACUCUGGGUACUGCGCUGUACAAGGAGGAUGACGCCGGUAUUCUGUUCAACCCCUACGCCGCCACCAUCGAGUACACCAUUCCCGGUCCUGCUCUGUACACCGGUGGCUCCGGCUCCGGCUCCGCCACUACUACCAAGGCUGCUGCCUCGUCUACCCAGGCUGCUUCCAGCGCUCCCGCCGCCACCACUUCCGCUGCCGCUGUCACUUCCGCCCCUGCCGUGACCAGCGCAGUUGCCAGCUCCACCAGCGUUGCCGCAGAGGAGGUUUCUUCGACCACUGCUGCUGCUCCCGCCACGACCUCUGCUGCCGAUGCUGGGGAUGACGACGAGGACUCCUGCGACAGCGACGACGACGAGCCUACUGUCACCUCUGCCGUUCCCACCACUGCUGCCGCCUCUUCUGCUGCUGCCCCUACCACCCUCGUCACCCGCACCAGCAGCAAGGCCGCCUCCGCCACCUCUGGCUCCAGCUCUGGAUCAGUCGCCCUGUAUGGACAAUGCGGCGGAGCAUCUUACACUGGCGCUACCAGCUGCGCUUCCGGAACUUGCACAGUCAUGAACGACUACUACUCCCAGUGCGUCUAA